CGCUAGCCGUAUCAGAGAAUCCUAGAUGCAUAUCUUGGUCACAAACGACGACGGUCCGCCGUCCAACCAGUCGUCCCCCUACGUUCAUUCGCUAGUAGACUCUCUCCAGUCUGCAGGACACACUGUGUCUGUGGUUCUGCCUCAUCAACAGCGGUCAUGGAUCGGUAAAGCACAUCUGGUGGGGGCGUCAGUGAAGCCCACCUAUUUCCGCCCCGGAACCCUCCACCAGGACGACGGCACCGUGCACCACCUUCCUCGGGGCGAGAAUGACGAAGACGGCGAUGAGUGGAUUCUGAUCGACUCGACACCUGCCAGCUGCGUUCAGAUUGGUCUUUUCCAUUACUUCCAAGACCGUGGACCCAUCGAUGUUGUCGUUUCUGGCCCCAAUUAUGGCCGCAACACCACCACCCUUUUUGCCCUGUCUAGCGGAACCCUUGGUGGUGCACUGGAGGCUGCUGUGUGUGGAAAGCGCUCGAUCGCUCUUUCAUAUGCAUUCAGCUCGCGUAAUCACGACCCUGUGGUUAUCGCGGAAGCCUCCCUCCAUUCCGUCCGAUUGAUUGAGCACCUAUGUCAGAAUUGGGCAGAGGGUGUCGACCUCUACAGCAUCAAUGUUCCGCUAGAGCCUGGUGUUAGUGAGAACAAAGUUCUUCUAACCGAGAUGCUCGAAAACCGUUGGUCAGGAAGCUGCUUCGAGGCAACGGAUCCUGCGCUUUCCGGAGAGGGACCUGAGCUGCAGGAACAGCUUUUACGAAACCAAGGUGAAGGAGGGGAGGCCAUACAGGAUGAUUCCAACGUAGAGACGUCUGGGAAGAGGAACAGAACUCCACACAAGCACUUUAAGUGGGCUCCAAAGUUCACAGACGUUUAUAAGAGCGUCGAGGAGAGCGAGCCAGGGAAUGACGGUUGGGUGGUCAAGGAGAAUAUGACUAGUGUCACCCCGCUGAAAGCAAACUUCAUGCAUACUCCUGGUAUCCAAGGAGAGAUCAAACUAUCAGGUAGUGGACCAAGCUUCUACUCCAUAAUCGACUGCGAUGUUCCAUAUGUGCAGAGUUUAGUGGAACAAGCUCUUCAGAGACGUCUUCCAGGGUCAAAAUAUCAAUCAAUCUCCUCGGUUUCAGAGCUCCCGGAUCACACCAAGCCUGUUUUCCAAUACCGUGAAUAUGAGCGCCUCGAAUUCGACCAUAUCAUAUCUCACUCCUCCACGUCUCUGGCAAAUGCGUACAUUAUUCGCAAAGCUCUUAUUCGGAAACACUACCUGUCGAAUACUAUAGCGAACUGGAUAUCUAAGCACCCCGAGAGUCUAUUAAAGAAUCACUUCAAGCCUGCGGUUGAUUUCGAGCUUGAUUACGCUGAGUUUCUUGACGAGGCUCUUAUGGAAGCUUAUGAACUACGGGAAAGCUUAGAGCUCAAUGAACAACGGUCCGAAGAAGAGAAGGAAUGGUGGAUCCUGAAGCCAGGAAUGAGUGAUAGAGGCCAAGGAAUCCGUCUUUUUAACAGCGAAGAACAGCUCCGUGAGAUUUUUGAGGAAUGGGAGGUUGACGACUCGGAUGACGAGAGUGGGUCAGAGAAGCCAGAAGAUGAGGCGCAAAACAGUGAGCGAGAUGACCACCGAGUCGUCACAUCUCAAUUGCGCCAUUUCAUUGCUCAACCGUACAUCGACCCGCCUCUGCUGCUACCGUCAUCCAGCCAGAAGUUCCAUAUCCGGACUUAUGUUCUGGCUGUCGGUUCUUUGAAGGUUUAUGUCUACAAGGAGAUGCUCGCCCUGUUUGCCGCGAAACCGUAUUGUCCUCCCUGGGAAGAGGAGGAUGAGGUCAAAGAUCUUGCCAGACAUCUGACGAAUACGUGCUUCCAGGAAGGCGGAAGCAGCAAUAAGGAAAGCGUUAGGCGAUUCUGGCAGCUAGACCAUCACGUUCCUGGUCUCACUCCCGACUGGAAAGAGAAGAUAUUCGAUCAGAUCUGCGAAAUCACAGGCGAAGUCUUCGAAGCUGCCGCUCGGGGUAUGAUGGUUCAUUUCCAGACCCUCCCAAACGCCUUUGAGUUGUUCGGUGUGGAUUUUCUAGUUGACAAGGAGGGUAGCGCUUGGCUUUUGGAGCUCAACGCUUUCCCGGACUUUGCCCAAACUGGAGAGAAUCUGAGGGAUGUGGUUGUCGGUCAGCUCUUCGAAGAAACUGUGGAUAUUGCCGUAAAGCCAUUCUUCGGUAUCGAAGCAGCCAAGGAGACCGAUAACCUCAGACUCGCUGUCGAUUUAGACCUGGGAAGAAACACAUAGAGGGGCGUUGCUAUUUCAAAAAGCUCGAUAUCUUCCUUCGAUACAUAUUUACUGCAUUUUGGCUGGUUAACCGGGGAAUCAAUCUUAUGGCGAAUUGCCUACUAAAAGCAAUAUUAGACUUCAGACAUUGAACUACUUAAUUUGUUGUAUUGCGCCAACAGAUUUAUGGCUUCAAAUUGUUCUAUCUUGAACCUGC